AUGGAGGAAGAAAAUAAUGAGAACGAAAACAACAUUGGAAGACAGAUUGAUGUUGAAGAUGCACAGAAUGUUGGCUCACUACCGAUCGAUCUUGUGUCCUUAAGUAAUCUUCAAAUGCAUUCUGAAUGUUGCAAAGAAGAAGGAGAAGAAAGUUCACCAGGAACAUGUUGUAAGAACCUAUUAGACAUUGAGGAGGCCAAGAUACAGAUAUUGUUUUCGUUGCCAGCAAUUCUCACCAAUUUAUUCUUCUCCUUGAUCACAUUGGUGUCUGUCAUGUUUGCUGGCCAUCUUGGUGAGCUUCAGUUAGCUGGUGCAGCCUUGGCUAAUUCGUGGGGAAAUGUUACAGGUUUUGCAUUUGUGGUUGGAUUAAGUGGAGCUCUUGAGACACUUUGUGGGCAAGGGUUUGGUUCAAAGUCAUAUAGAACGUUGGGGAUUUAUCUGCAAGCUUCUUGUAUCAUAUCUCUUCCGUUCUGCUCCAUCAUAUCUGUAGUAUGGUUGUAUACAGAACCAAUACUUAUUCUACUCCAUCAAGAUCCUGAAAUUGCAAAAUCCGCAGCUCUUUUCUUAAAAUAUCUGAUUCCCGGAUUAUUUGCAUAUGGCCUCUUGCAAAAUAUCUUGAGAUUUCUUCAGACUCAAUCCGUAUAUGUCAUGCCAAUGGUCUUCUCCAUGAUCUCCAUUGUACUUCAUAUUGCAAUAACUUAUGGUUUGGUACAUUGGACAUCUCUUGGUUUUAAGGGAGCUCCACUAGCUGCGUCAGUUUCGCUUUGGAUAUCGGUUCUUAUGUUGGCCUUCUAUGUUAGCCGUGCAAAGAAUUUUGAGCAUACGUGGGAAGGAUUUUCAUUAGAAUCAUUCAAAUAUAUCAUGACUGGUUUGGACCUUGCUCUUCCCUCCGCAACAAUGGAAUGUUUGGAGGAGGGGGCUUUCGAGAUCAUUGUGUUUAUGGGAGGAUUGAUGCCAAACUCAACAAGAACCACUUCAUUACUUGCAAUGUGUGUGAACACACAAGAAAUUGGUUACAUGGUUACAUAUGGCCUCAGCGCUGCUGCUAGUACAAGGGUGUCAAAUGAAUUAGGGGCAGGCAACUCGGAUCAAGCAAAGAAUGCGAUGCUUGUGACUCUUAAGCUCUCGCUGAUUCUUUCUUUUACAAUUGUUCUGAUUUUGACAUUUGGUCACAAUACCUGGGCAGGCUUCUUCAUUGACAGCUCUUCAAAUUAUGCAGUACUAAUAGAGGACUUUGCUUCUAUGACACCACUUCUUGCAAUUUCAAUAGUUCUUGAUUCCUUGCAAGGUGUCUUUUCAGGUGUGGCAAGAGGAUGUGGGUGGCAACACUUGGCUGUGUAUGUGAACUUGGGCACAUUUUAUAUUAUUGGCAUGACAAUUGCUGGUCUUCUUGGAUUUGUGUUGAAACUUUAUGCCAAGGGCUUGUGGACUGGUUUAAUCUGUGGUCUCUUCUUCCAAGCAAGCACACUAUUGUUGAUUACACAGCUCAAGAAAUGGACAUCUGAUUUCCAGUACGUCAAAGCAUCUUCACAAAGCAGUGAAAUCUGA